AUGGCCUUUCGCUUCCUCGACCUCAGCUCGGAGUUGCGCAAUAUGGUGUACCACUUCGCAUCAAUCAACGACGCACACGUUCCUAUCCGACGCGAUGCCUCUCUUCAGUCCGGCAACUACGCUGCGCUCACAAGAGUGUGUGUCCAGAUCCGCCGAGAAUACCGCCCAGUUCAGCGUCACAUGGCUGAGGUUCAGCUGGACCUUGCAAAUGUUGGCCAUUAUGCUCAGGCAUUCAUGACGACAGCUGAAGACUCCAUGUCCCUCCCUCAUACUAUACACGUCGAGGCAUGGGUCGCGAUAUCCUCCAGAUCCGACUCUCAUUUCAGCAUCUUUCCGGUUCUCAAGCUCAAGGCUACCCACCCUGACCUGGACUGCAAGAUGGUGCCCGCCGCCAUUGCGAAUCGCUAUGGUCUGACUGUGAACCAAGUUCGCGGUCUCAACGCACUUGCUUUCCAUGCAAACGAAAAGUGGCGCGAGGAUAUUAGGAACGGGACUAUUGGAGAUGUCCGGAUCAGAUCAAGCGCAUCAUUCGAUGAGACUACAUGUAUUUGUAUCAAUUUCACGGGUGUCCACGCCUCCAAGAACUACGAUGAAGCGAUCAGCGCGCCUGAUGCGUGGAGUAGCGCUCGCGGUCUUGACGUCGCGCUAUCACACGGUCAUCAUGUUGCGUUGUACUUUUCACCUAUGUUUACUUGA